GGCUUUUGCCCCCCUUUAAGUUUCAUUUCAAAUUUUCGUCUGUUUCUUCUGUCUCUCUGAUUCUCCGUCAUAUCUUCAUUGAUUUGAAUCCCUACACUCAUUUCUCAUUCUCAAAUUUCUCGCUCCGUUCUUUUUAAUUACUGGAAUUAUAAAAUAGAUAUUAGAGAUCGUGAUUAAUUCUCCGUUUUGAUUCUGUAUCUGCGUUAAGAGUUUGGAAUGGAGGGGUUGCCUACUACCACGAAAGGAGAGAGACGAUGGAGAUCGAAGAAUAUACAGACAUCCAGUCCUUCUUUGCUGAUGGCUUUUUUAUCUUGCGUCGCUUGGCUUUAUGUCGCUGGCCGGUUGUGGCAAGAUACAGAGAACAGAAAAUUGCUUUCUGAUAUUCUUAAGAAGAACCUUGAACAGAGACCAAAGGUUCUUACUGUUGAAGAUAAGAUGAUGGUCCUAGGAUGCAAGGAUCUAGAUAAGAGGAUUGCAGAAGCAGAGAUGGAUUUGACCUUAGCUAAGAGCCAAGGGUACCUCAAGAACCAGUUGCGAACAAGUGAGUCUUUUUCAGAAAAAAAGCUUCUUGUAGUUAUUGGUGUUUAUACAGGAUUUGGUAGCUACUUGACGCGACAAACAUUUAGAGCAUCUUGGAUGCCUAGAGGCAAUGCACUAAAAAAACUGGAGGAAAGAGGGGUAGCGAUACGAUUUGUGAUUGGUCGGAGCGCUAAUCGAGGUGAUAGCUUGGAUCGCAAUAUCGAUGAGGAAAAUCGUAAGACAAAGGAUUUCUUGAUUCUUGAGGGUCAUGAGGAGGCUCAAGAGGAGCUUCCAAAGAAAGUAAAAUUCUUCUUCAGUACUGCAGUUCAAAAUUGGGAUGCUGAGUUUUAUGUAAAAGUUGACGAUAAAAUUGACAUUGACCUCGAGGGAUUGAUUGGACUUCUUGAACACCGACGCAGUCAAGACAGUGCUUAUAUUGGAUGCAUGAAGUCGGGAGAGGUGUUUUCUGAAGUGGGAAAGGAUUGGUAUGAACCUGAUUGGUGGAAAUUUGGGGAUCAGAAAUCGUAUUUCCGACAUGCCACUGGUUCCCUUUUUAUACUCUCCAAAAAUCUUGUUCGGUAUAUCGAUGUAAACAGUGCAUCUUUGAAGACUUAUGCUUUUGAUGAUACAUCUGUGGGAUCUUGGAUGAUGGGUGUCCAAGCAACUUAUAUAGAUGAUAAUCGUCUUUGCUGCGGUAGCAUUAAACAAGAUAAGGUGUGUUCUUUGGCUUGAGAAGAGAACAUGGGUAACUUUUCAUCAGUAUUGCAUUGAAGUCAAGGUUUGAGUGCAACGUUACCAUACAGAAUACAGCAGCAAUAAGGUACUUUCGAGAGUGCCGAGUGGAUUGGUUUAGAAGAUGUAUAUAUACAGGAUUUAUUUAAGAGGGUGAACACAGGUUAAUCUGCAAUCUCUGUUAAGUACCUAACUAUUGGGAGGAAGCAUGAUUCUGUUUAAUAGGUUUGACCGGAUUCCGAUUGUAGUAUUUCUUCCUUAAAUGUAAUAGCUGCAAUUUUCC